AUGAACAACCGCAGAAUACGGCAAUGCAACCUCGAGAUACUGUGGUUUUGUAUCUGCGAGGAUUUGCCGAGAGUCUCCAACGAGAAUAUCACAGGCUGUGCUGUCAAAUGUACACCGUACUCCGCAUCGGUUCCGCGUGAAAUUUUGACCGAGCUCCGAUUUCUCCACUUCUCGUCAUCAGCCUUUCAUCCUGACCUUAUUAAUCCGAUUCGGCAGAGUGCGAAGACGUUCUACCACCAUCCGAUCCGACUCGUGGUGUCUUCCGACUCGAAGCGAGACUGCUUCACCCAAUAUGGUUCUUCGGACUCACCUUCCGAGGAAUUCGACCCUCCGGCAUACGGCCGCCACAUAUACAAGACGUCUUCAAACCCAGUCCAACAGCAGAUUAUGGGCUGCGAGGUGGCCGCCCGCGUGCGACAUGACCCAGCCAUCCGAUCCCGGCCGGCCGCGGCCUAUUUCUCGACCACAACAUGCCACCUGAAGGAAGACAAGGGCCGCGGCUUCUUUGAUCGGUCGGGCGAGCCACUCUCGGAGGAGGAGAAGAAGGCGAAUUUGGAAAAAGAACGCGAGCAGGGGGACAAGGAAGUAACCGAUGCGCCAAAAUAUCCCAGCGCCGAGGCGUUGGCAAAGAACGAGGGGCCCGCUGGAGGCCAGGAUGGGAAAGCUGGGAAGGCUGCCGGAAGUGCUGCCGGAAGUGCUGCCGGAGGCUCCUCGUCCAGCUCCGGCGGUGAUGGCUCGAGCGACGGCGGCCGCCGAGGUCGUAAAGCCUCGAGCGAGAGAAGCCUGCAGAAACCCGUUAUUCCCGACGUUUACCCUCAAGUCCUGGCAAUCCCCAUCGCGAAACGCCCGCUAUUUCCGGGAUUCUACAAGGCCAUCACGAUCAAAGAUCCCAAUGUCGCAGCCGCCAUCACGGAGAUGAUUAAGAGAGGUCAGCCGUACGUGGGUGCAUUCCUGUUCAAGGACGAAAAUGCGGACGAGGAUGUGAUUCGAAACCCGGAGGACGUGUACGAUGUGGGCGUCUUUGCGCAAAUCACCAGCGCGUUUCCCAUGCACGGCGAGCAAGGGAGCUUAACAGCCAUUCUCUACCCGCACCGCCGAAUCCGCCUAUCGACUCUUCUGCCGCCCGGUGGCGAGGAGUCGAAGAAGAGUGAGGCCAAGGUGGAGCCGGUUCCGGAACCGAUUCCCCAAAAGUCUGCGGAGGAAGAACCGCAGUCAGAAAAGAAGGGCGACGUGGUGGCCAGCUUUGAGGAAAGCGCGGUCAGUCCCCGGCCAGACCAGACCGCCGAGAAAUACGAGCCGACAGCGUUCCUUAAGAGGUACCCCGUCAGCCUGGUUAAUGUCGAGAACCUGACGGAGGAGCCCUAUGAUCCGAAGAGCGCCGUCAUCCGUGCCGUCACCAACGAGAUCGUCAAUGUCUUCAAGGAGGUCGCUACCAUGAACAGCCUCUUUAGGGACCAGAUUUCAACGUUCUCCAUGAGCCAGUCGACAGGAAACGUAAUGUCGGAGCCGGCUAAACUGGCGGAUUUCGCCGCAGCCGUGUCGUCUGGCGAACAAGGAGAGCUCCAGGAGGUUUUGUCGAGCUUGAAUGUCGAGGAGCGCAUACAGAAGGCGCUCAUUGUGCUCAAGAAAGAGCUCAUGAACGCACAGCUGCAAUCCAAGAUUACCAAGGACGUGGAGAGCAAGAUCACCAAGCGGCAACGCGAAUACUGGCUCAUGGAACAGAUGAAAGGCAUCCGGCGCGAACUGGGGCUCGAGUCGGACGGAAAGGACAAGCUAGUGGAGAGCUUCAAGGAGAAGGCCGACAAGCUGGCAAUGCCCGAGGCCGUGCGCAAGGUCUUCGACGAUGAGAUCAACAAGCUCGCCCACCUGGAGCCGGCGGCGUCGGAAUUCAAUGUGACGCGAAACUACCUCGACUGGCUGACGCAGAUCCCCUGGGGUCAACGAAGCGCCGAGAACUUUGGCAUCGAGAAUGCCAUGAAAGUGCUGGACGAGGAUCACUACGGACUCAAGGACGUCAAAGACCGCAUCCUGGAGUUCAUUGCCGUCGGCAAGCUGCGCGGAACAGUCGAAGGGAAAAUCCUAUGUUUCGUCGGCCCUCCGGGCGUGGGCAAGACGUCCAUCGGCAAAUCCAUCGCGAGAGCCCUGAACAGACAGUACUACAGGUUUAGCGUUGGCGGCCUCACAGACGUGGCCGAAAUCAAAGGGCAUCGGAGGACCUACGUCGGUGCACUUCCAGGCCGAGUCAUCCAGGCCUUGAAGAAGUGCCAGACGGAGAACCCCCUCAUCUUGAUAGACGAAAUCGACAAGAUUGGCCGGGGUUACCAGGGGGAUCCGUCGUCGGCCCUCCUCGAGCUUCUUGAUCCCGAGCAAAACAGCUCGUUCCUCGACCACUACAUGGACGUCCCGGUUGAUUUGUCCAAGGUCUUGUUCGUCUGUACCGCGAACAUGACGGACACGAUCCCGCGACCGCUCCUCGACCGGAUGGAGCUGAUCCAGCUCUCGGGAUACGUUGCGGACGAGAAGAAGGCGAUUGCGGAGCGAUAUCUUGCGCCAGCCGCUAAGACUGCUGCGGGCCUGGAAAACGCCGACGUUCAGCUCACGGAGGAUGCUAUUGAGGAACUGAUCAAGUCGUACGCCCGCGAGUCGGGUGUGCGGAAUCUGAAGAAGAUGAUCGAGAAGGUGUACCGGAAAUCUGCUCUGAAAAUCGUGCAGGACGUCGGCGAGCAGGCCCUCCCCGAGGAGGAGGCUCUGACCAGCGACGGCAAGGAAGCCCUCGAGGAAUCGGAGAAGAACUCGGAAGAGGCAUGCGAGGCCGGGGAGACAUCGAGCGAGGCAUCUGCUACGGAAAAGCCUCGGGUGCCCCUGGAUGUGCCUGACACCGUCCACGUGAGCAUCGGCAAGGAUAAUCUGAAGGACUACGUCGGCCCCCCCGUCUUCACGUCAGACCGGUUAUACGAGGUGAACCCGGCCGGCGUAGCCAUGGGUCUGGCCUGGACGCAGAUGGGCGGUGCCGCCAUGUACGUCGAGUCGAUCGUUCAAUCGGCUCUCAAGCCGAGCAGCCGGCCGCACCUCGAAAUCACCGGCAACCUCCAACAGGUCAUGAAGGAGUCGUCGACCAUCGCCUACUCGUUCGCCAAGGCCCUGAUGGCCAAGGAGUUCCCCAACAACAACUUCUUCGACAAGGCCAAUCUGCACCUCCACGUGCCGGACGGCGCUGUGCCCAAGGACGGCCCGUCGGCGGGUAUCACGAUGGCCACUUCGCUGCUCUCGCUGGCGCUGGAUGCCCAAGUCGACCCGACAGUCGCCAUGACGGGAGAGCUGACACUGACUGGCAAGGUCCUGCGCAUCGGCGGGCUGAGGGAGAAGACGGUUGCGGCGCGUCGGGCGGGCUGCAAGACCAUCAUCUUCCCCAAGGACAACUUGUCGGACUGGCUGGAGCUUCCCGAGAACAUCAAGGAGGGCAUCGAGGGCAAGCCAGUAGGCUGGUACUCCGACGUCUCUGACGUGAUCUUCCCCAAUCUCGACCGGGAGAAGGCCAAUACCAGCCGGGUUCCAGACGAAGAUCCCAAGAAGUCCACUGGGGCAGAUUGA